AUAACUGAAGUAUUUUCACCGGUUGUUCCUCGUUUACUUUACAUUUGACAAGAUGCCUCUAAAGUUCGAGUUGUGUCCCGGUAGAAUGAUCGGAGGAAAUCACCCGUGCUUCAUCAUAGCUGAAAUUGGACAAAAUCACCAGGGAGACAUUGAGAUUGCCAAGAAAAUGAUCAAAAUGGCAAAGGACUGCGGUGCUGAUUGUGCCAAAUUCCAGAAGAGUGAAUUAGAGCAUAAAUUCAACAAGCGAGCCUUGGAGCGCCCGUACACCUCUGUUCACUCCUGGGGGAAAACUUACGGUGAUCACAAGCGCCAUCUGGAGUUCAGCCACGAGCAGUACAGGGAACUGCAGAAAUAUGCUGAGGAGGUGGGGAUCUUCUUCACGGCCUCGGGGAUGGAUGAGAUGGCAGUGGAGUUCCUCAAUGAGCUUAAUGUGCCUUUCUUCAAAGUGGCCUCAUUAGACGCCAACAACUUCCACUAUCUGGAAAAGACUGCCAAGAAAGGACGGCCCAUGGUGGUGUCCAGUGGUAUGCAGAGCAUGGAGACGAUGCGUCAGGUCUACAAAACAGUGAAGGAGCACAACCAAAACUUUACCAUCCUGCAGUGCACCAGCGCCUACCCUCUGGAACCUGAAGAUGUCAACCUCAGAGUGCUAACGGAGUACCAGAAGGAAUUUCCCGAUAUUCCCAUUGGGUAUUCCGGCCAUGAGUCUGGGAUCAGUAUUUCAGUCGCGGCCGUAGCUCUGGGUGCAAAGGUCCUUGAGCGCCACGUAACCUUGGACAAGACUUGGAAAGGAAAUGACCACUCAGCCUCUCUGGUGCCCAGCGAGCUAGCCGAGCUGAUCCGUUCCAUUCGACUGGUGGAGAGGUCGUUUGGGACCGGCGUCAAGCAGAUGUUACCUUGUGAGAAGGCGUGCCAUGAUAAGCUGGGUAAGUCCUUGGUGGCCAAGGUCAAGAUCCCCAAAGGAACUGUCCUGACUCAGGACAUGUUGUCGGUGAAGGUCGCAGAGCCAAUGGGCAUAGCUCCCGAGGACAUCUUCCAGCUGGUCGGUAAGACCGUGAAGGAGGACCUGGAGGAGGACGACAGCAUCUUGCCGGAGGUGGUGAAUGACUACUGCAAGAAGAGGAAGUGCUGAGGAUGGCAGGCAGUUCAUAAAUGGGUAGAAAAGGCACUUAAUUUGAGAGGAAAUGUUAUUGAUUCCUCUGGGGAAAAUGGUAAUCUUGUUUGGUGGUGCAGGAAUUUCAUCGAGGUCCUGGGUGACCAGUUACUGAUAGAUUGUUGUAUCACAGCUGGGGUUCAAACAAUGAACUCCUUUUUCUCAUAUUACUCUUUGCCACAGUGUUUUUAUUGUCUAAAAGCCGCCUUAACUUAAUACAAUAUAUUUUUGGCCAACAGGAUCUUUGAUAAACCCUCCAUCAUCUUAAAAAGAGGCUCAGUAGUAGUAGUAGUCAUUGUUUUCUUCUUGUACCUGAUCAUUAAUGUAAGGUCAUGAUAUCAGGCAGGGUUUGUGUUUGUGCUGCUUCUUUGAGAGAAGCACAGUAAGACUGGAGCCAGACGCUUCCCAAAACACAAAGAAGAAAUGCCCCCCUCGCAAAAUUAAACAUGUUUUGGUCAUGAAACGAAAUCCGGCCGGAUGUUAACUGAACAUGUACAAAUCCUGUGGAGACUCAGUUGAGAUCUGAUGUUCUGAAAAGAUCCAAAUAAAUUGCUACCCAA